CAUCACACUUCGUCUCGCUCGUCUACAAUGGCAGAAUACGUGACACUCGACACGUCUGUCGGCUCCUUCACAGUCGAGUUGUACACCAAGCAUGCUCCAAAGACGUGCAAUAACUUCCUGAAGCUUACGGAGCGUGGAUAUUACAACGGCGUCAUCUUCCACCGUAUCAUCCCAGGGUUCUGCUGCCAAUCAGGCGACCCGACUGGGACUGGGCGGGGCGGUACAAGCAUCUACGGCGAGAAGUUUGCGGACGAGCUGAGCCCCGAGCUCAGGUUUGUUGGGGCGGGGAUCCUCGCUAUGGCGAACGCAGGGCCAAAUACCAACGGCUCCCAAUUCUUCAUUACUUGCGCCCCCACCCCCUUCCUCGACGGCAAGCACACGAUCUUCGGCCGCGUAUCUUCAGGCAUGAGCACCAUCAAGCGGCUAGAAGCUGUGCGGACAGACAAGGACGACCGUCCGGUGGAGGAGAUCAAGAUCCACAAGGCGCGGCUCGGCGACGCGACGCAAGCGAACGCCAUCACUAUGGGAUAGGGCCUACACGCGCUUAUCCUCGCUUUUAGUCCGAGCAAAUGCAUGCCGCGUACAUGCAUACCAAGCAGAUACAGUAC